GUCGGACCGACCGGACAGCAGCGGAGGGAUCGUUAUAUCUGACACUCAUCACAGGGACACGGCAAGUCCUGGGAAGGAUUCACAACUCCAUCCAGCAUGAACAACUCCAGCUCCUCCUUAUUGUCCUUCCUCAAUGAAACCCACAACCACGAACGCGACAGCGUCGUGAGCAACGACUUCUCCACGAUCCUGGGCGCCGUCAUCCUCAGCCUCGUCUUCCUCCUGGGCGUCCCCGGCAACCUCUUCAUCGUCUGGAGCAUCCUGGCUCGCACCCACCACCGCUCGGUCACCACCCUCCUCAUCCUCAACCUGGCGUUCGCCGACGGCUGCCUCAUGGCGCUCACCAUCUUCUUCAUCAUCUACCUGGCCAAGCAGACGUGGGUGUUCGGCGACGCCAUGUGCAAAGGCGUGUUCUACCUGUGCAACACCAACAUGUACGCCUCCAUCUUUCUGAUCACGCUGAUGAGCGUGCACAGGCUGGUGGCCGUGGUGUUCCACAGGAAGAUGUCCUCCCUGAUCACCACGAGGAUUGUGAGGAGGGUGGUGGUGGGAUUGUGGGUGCUGGUGAUGGUCAUCUCCAUCCCCUCGCUGGUGUUUCGGGACGUCAGAGAGGACAAAGACGGGAUGGGCACAAUAAGACUGGUGUGCGCGCCCAAUCACACGCGGCCUCGACAUGUGAGGUUCCAGUACGCCCUGGAGACGGUCUCCGGCUUCAUCCUCCCGUACGCCGUCAUCAUCACCAGCUACGUCCUCAUCCUGUGGCGCCUGAGGCAGACCAAGUUCCGCCGGACCGUCCGCAGCGAGAACCUCAUCCUGGCCAUCGUGGUGACGUUUGGCAUCUUCUGGCUGCCGUACCACGUCAUCAACAUGAUGGAGGUGGCGGCUCAGUGGUACAAUCUGGAAUCCCCCACCAGAGAAACAUUGAUUAACAUCACCAAGACCAGUCGGGCGGUGACGUCGGCGUUCGCCUUCAUCAGCAGCUGCGCCAAUCCCGUCCUCUACACGUUCGCUGGGAAAUCCUACAUCAAGCAGAACGGCUUCGCCUUCAUGGCUCGGCUCUUUGAGGGCACGUCGAUGGACCAGACGGGGACCAAAAAGAGCAACACUGUGGGGAACAGUACGGCCGACUCAGGGACAGGAACUAGAAGCGCCAUGUUGCAGAGCAACUUCCGGCUGAUUUUUCUUUCUUUCCUUGAAACCAACAACCGGAUGCGCAUCUAUCAAUGUGUGAGGUUCCAGUACGCCCUGGAGACGGUCUCCGGCUUCAUCCUCCCGUACGCCGUCAUCAUCACCAGCUACGUCCUCAUCCUGUGGCGCCUGAGGCAGACCAAGUUCCGCCGGACCGUCCGCAGCGAGAACCUCAUCCUGGCCAUCGUGGUGACGUUUGGCAUCUUCUGGCUGCCGUACCACGUCAUCAACAUGAUGGAGGUGGCGGCUCAGUGGUACAAUCUGGAAUCCCCCACCAGAGAAACAUUGAUUAACAUCACCAAGACCAGUCGGGCGGUGACGUCGGCGUUCGCCUUCAUCAGCAGCUGCGCCAAUCCCGUCCUCUACACGUUCGCUGGGAAAUCCUACAUCAAGCAGAACGGCUUCGCCUUCAUGGCUCGGCUCUUUGAGGGCACGUCGAUGGACCAGACGGGGACCAAAAAGAGCAACACUGUGGGGAACAGUACGGCCGACUCAGGGACAGGAACUAGAAGCGCCAUGUUGCAGAGUGGGACUUGAGCAUUCAAUGAACUUUGUGCAUAAAUGAAAUCUGUAGGAAUAUGCAGGUGGAGCGUGUAGAUUUAGGUUGUGUUGGAACAUCAGUUUGACUGGUAGACAGCUGGGUAAGGACAAGACUUUGGAUGGUUUGUACCCACCCUGGAAAUCAGAAGUGUAAAUAAUUUGUAGAUGGGAUCAGUUGCAGAAAAUAACUUAAAACCAACUGUAUUUAGGCGCAAUUUGGUUGCAUGAAAACAAAUUUACAUUAUUUAACAGCCAUGAAACUGUAAAAGUAUUUUUUUUUACCGCUUGCGAUUAACAGCACAGAUAAAUUGUUUUUGUAAAUAGGUUUUGCAUUGA